CACGGCAGCCGGGCAGUUCGUCAUCAACCUGCGGCGUCACUUUUGCGGGGCGGAAAGAAGACCGGUGGCGGCUGGGAGCAGAGCUUUGCUGCACCUGUUCAGUCUCUAUGAAGAAAUGACAACGCAGUACAGUAUUCUCUUCAAGCAAGAACAAGCACACGAUGACGCAAUCUGGUCGGUGGCCUGGGGCAAAAACCGAAACGACACCACCGAGACAGUCAUCUCUGGCUCCUUGGACGACUUGGUGAAAGUCUGGAAAUGGAACGGCGAAAAGCUGGACCUCAAGUGGACUUUGGAGGGCCACCAGCUGGGGGUGGUCUCGGUCAAUAUUAGCCACACCGGAACUGUCGCGGCUUCCAGCUCCCUGGAUGCCCACAUUCGCCUUUGGGACUUGGAGACAGGCAAGCAGAUCAGGUCGAUAGACGCCGGACCCGUGGAUGCCUGGUCGCUGGCCUUUUCUCCCGAUUCCCAGUAUGUGGCCACAGGAAGUCACAUAGGGAAAGUGAACAUUUUUGGCGUGGAGACUGGGAAAAAGGAAUACUCCUUGGACACCAGAGGCAAAUUCAUCCUUAGCAUUGCAUACAGCCCAGAUGGAAAAUAUUUAGCCAGUGGAGCGAUUGAUGGUAUUAUCAAUAUUUUUGACAUUGCAACGGGAAAACUUCUGCACACGUUGGAAGGCCACGCUAUGCCCAUUCGUUCCCUCACGUUCUCUCCAGACUCCCAGCUGCUGGUAACCGCCUCGGAUGACGGCUACAUCAAAAUUUAUGACGUGCAGCACGCCAACCUGGCAGCCACGCUGAGUGGUCACGGAUCCUGGGUGUUAAACGUUGCGUUUUGUCCCGACGACACCCAUUUUGUUUCCAGCUCGUCUGAUAAAAGCGUGAAGGUUUGGGACGUGCCCUCGAGGACUUGCGUUCACACCUUCUACGAUCACCAGGACCAGGUUUGGGGCGUGCAGUAUAGUGAAGAUGGCUCCAAAAUCGUGUCAGUGGGCGACGACCAGGAAAUCCACAUUUACGACUGUCCAAUUUGAGCUCUCCCCCUCCUCCCAGCCUGGUUGGACUUGGAAGGCGGCACACGGAAUUGAGCAAGGAUCGUUGCUAGACCGCCGCUGUGUCUGUUUUGGGAAUCCUUUUUUCCAACGUCAAGUGAAGCCUUCCUGUCUCGAAACGACGACAGAAAAAGAGCGUGGUCGGCUUUGACCUAAAUUUGUAUGACUUUUGCUGUUUUGUCGUCUUCUUUUUUUUAAAGUACAAAAGUAAAUAAAACUUCCGGUAGGGUA